AUGGACGUGGAGUCCCUCUUCACGAACGUCCCCGUUGAUGAAACAAUACAGAUAAUUCUGGAUCGUGUAUACAGAGACGACUCCACGCCCCCAUUAAACAUCCCGGAGCAUGCUCUCCAAAAACUCCUUGAAAUAUGUACAAAAAAGGCCCCUUUCUCCACCCACAGAGGCCAUAUGUACACGCAAAAAGACGGUGUAGCGAUGGGUUCUCCCCUCGGAGUACUUUUUGCGAACUUCUAUAUGGGUGCUGUGGAACGUCAGGUAUUCGCCACCAUCGAGAAACCGUCUAUGUACGUCCGAUAUAUUGACGACACCUUCAUCAGUGCCAACACGGUGGAAGAAAUAGAGCACCUGCGACAAGCUUUACACGACCACAGCAGACUCAACUUCACCAUCGAGCAUUGCCGUGACCGUCGCCUCCCCUUCCUUGACGUCCUCGUCGGGCAACAAGAACGCUUCGCAACACAAGUGUAUACGAAACCCACGAACUUGGGCAUGUGCCUGAAUGGCGAGAGCGAGCAAAAGGCAAACCAGGGCAUCGCAAACAUAACACGGCAGCGUCUAGCUUGCGUCCUGUUUGUGGGUCAUAUCACACUCCUGUCUCGCCAGUGA